AUGGCUUACACUGUUCAAGACGCCGUGGCGUCUGUAAAAAUUGUGGAAGCCUAUUGUUUCCAUGCUAUCUCUGUUUUUAGCUAUAGUUCUCUGUUUUGGGAUGCCAUCAAAAACCGCCUCCAUCUCCCUUCAUUCGUUGCAAAAUUGGCUAAGAAAUUUUUACUCCCAUCUGGUGCAUAUAUUCCGGAAGGACUUCCAACUAUCAAAAGUAGUUUCACACCUGAAUUCGCAGAAUAUCUGCGGUUACAACACAGUUGUAACAAAUUCAGCUCCGGGAACUUAUAUGAUGCUUGCAAAGUUCUCGAGGGUCCUUAUCUCGAGACACUUGCAAAGUUACUCAGAAUUCACAAGCAAUGGGCUGUUGGCCCAUUCAAUCCAGUGACUAUAUCAGGGAUAACUCAUCACGAAUGUUUAGAGUGGCUAGACAAACAAUCUCCAAAUUCAGUGAUUCUUGUUUCUUUCGGAACAACAACCUGCCUAUCUACUGAACAAAUUAAAGAGAUCGCGAUCGGGUUGGAGAAAAGUCAGCACAAGUUCAUUUGGGUAGUGAGAGAUGCUACGAAAGAAGAAGGACAAGUCCAAAUCCCAAAAGGGUAUGAAAACAGAGUAAAAGAAAAGGGAAUUAUCGUUAAAGAUUCCCAAUUGGAAAUAUUGGCACAUACAUCGACUGGUGGGUUCAUGAGUCACUGUGGGUGGAAUUCGUGCAUGGAGAGCAUUACUAUGGGAGUGCCAAUAGCGACAUGGCCUAUGCAAUUUGAUCAGCCAAGAAAUGCGGUUUUUGUGACAGAUGUUCUUAAAAUUGGAGUUGUUGUGAAGCAUUGGGAUCGUCGUGAUGACAUAAUUGAUUCAACCACAAUUAAAAACUGUGUUAAAAAAUUAAUGGCUUCUACAGAAGGAGAUGAGAUGAGAAUGCGUGCCAUUGAAUUUGGUAAAAAAGUCAGAGAAUCAAUGAAGAAUGGUGGAGAUCAUCAAAUGGAGAUGGAUUCUUUCAUUGCUCAUAUUACUAGAUAGAUUACAAGC